AUGUCUUCAUCUUCCACCACCCCACUCACCCAGUCCGCAUCUACUCCCACUUCCGUUACCGACCAUGUGGCCCCAAAGUCAUUUCCAUUGCUUGACCUGCCCGACGAAUUAAUUCUCCAAGUUCUCAAGCACGCCGUUGUAACCAGCUCAGAAGACAUCGUCAUCCCCGUGCUCAAGGGACGCAGACCUGAUCCGCCCGAACCUGAACUGCACUUGGCUCAACCAGCCAUUACGCGAGUUUCUCGAGCAUUCCGAUGUGAAGGUCUUAAACUUUUCUAUGGCCAGAAUACCUUUUUGAGCUAUAGCCAUAUUUCGGGACUCAACAAUGUGUAUGACUGGAUGAGCUGGGGAGGGGUGCACCCGAAGACUUUUGUGCGAGAGUGUCGGGGGCCUCAAGGGAUCGCUGGGUAUCAGAUGUCGUUUGGCAAGCCUGCGAAGACCACAGAUAAAGACGAGGGUGGAGCAAAGUGGUUGGAGCUUAACCCAGAGGGUGUGCAUCUAUAA